AUGGAUUCUUAUCCAUCUUCGCAGACCUCUAAAUUUUUUGAGCUAUUAAAUAGUCAACAAAGCAUCUUCUUUGGCAACAAUGACGAAAGUGUCUCACUGUCUUCAUCACAAUCUACGUAUCUAGGCAAUCUUGGAACCAAAGAUGGUGGAGAGUCUGGCACAGAGCGUAGAGAACGGCGGAAGUGGACGCCUAAGGAUGACAUUGUGCUCAUUAGCUCCUGGCUUAACACAAGUAAAGAUACAGUGGUGAGCAAUGAACAACGGUCAGACGAUUUCUGGACAAGAAUAGCGGCUUGCUUUGCGGCAAGUCAUCAAGAUGGUGGCUGCAAACAGAGAGAAGCUAGGCAUUGCAAGCAAUGUUGGCACAUGAUCAAUGAUCUCGUGUGCAAGUUCUGUGGAGCCUAUGAAGCUGCAAGCAGGGAGAAGACGAGCGGGCAAAAUGAGAAUGAUGUGCUGAAACAAGCACAUCAAAUAUUCUACACCAACCAUAAGAAGAAAUUCCUCCUUGAACAUGCUUGGAAAGAGCUGAGGUUGGACCAGAAGUGGUGUGAGCAAGUGUCUGCUAAAACCGAAGGAAGCUGCAAGAAAAGAAAGUGUGAGGAUGGUGCUGAUUCUUCAAGCACUCAAGCAACUGAAAUGAAGCGUCCACCGGGUGUUAAAGCCGCCAAGGCCAGUGGCAAGAAGACAGUGGCUGAGGAGAAUGUGAUGAAGGAGUUUCACACCAUGUGGUCAAUAAAACAACAAGAUCUCGCCAUGAAAGAUCGCUUGUCUAAGAUGAGGCUACUGGAAAGUCUGAUAGCCAAAAAAGAUCCCCUUGCCGAGUACGAAGAAGCCCUGAAGAAGAAGCUGGUUGAUGAGUUGUUGUUGUCUUAA